UUCAGCUUCAUGUUUCCAGUUGCAAGUGGAAUAAGGCCCCCUCAAGGCCUGAUGCCUAUGCAACAACAAGGAUAUCCGGUGGUCUCUGUCAUGCAGCCUAAUAUGCAAGGCAUGAUGGGAAUGAAUUACAGCACUCAAAUGUCCCAAGGACCUAUUGCUAUGCAGGCAGGGAUACCAGUGGGACCAAUACCAGCAGCUGGGAUUCCUUACAUGGGACAAGCACCAUUCCUGGGACUGCGUCCUCCAGGCCCACAGUACACUCCAGACAUGCAGAAACAGUUUGCUGAAGAGCAGCAAAAACGAUUUGAGCAGCAGCAAAAGCUCUUAGAAGAAGAAAGAAAAAGACGCCAGUUUGAAGAGCAGAAGCAAAAGCUCAGACUUCUGAGCAGUGUAAAACCCAAGAUAGGAGAGAAGAGUAGAGAUGACGCUUUGGAAGCCAUCAAAGGAAACCUAGAUGGGUUUUCCAGAGAUGCUAAGAUGCACCCUACUCCAGCCUCGCACCCCAAGAAACCAGAUUACCCCACAUCAUCUCAUUCUUCUGUCACUGUCUCCUCAUCUACUUUUCUUGACGAAGAAGAAUUCAGUGACUUUAUGCAGGGGCCUGUUGAAGUUCCCCAAUGUGGGCCUUCUUCCACUUUUCAGUCUUUCCACCCCACCACCCCAGGGGGCCAGUUGCAUACACAGAAGGCUGGGCCACAGCCUCUCCCUCCAGGCCCUUCCUUGGAGGAGAAACUCCUAGUAUCUUGUGACAUGAGCACAUCUGGGCAGGAGCAAAUUAAACUAAGUACUUCUGAAGGGGGGCACAAAGCCCUUGGCCCAGCUUCCAGUCAGAGCCAUCCCAGGUUAACGGCCAGGAGCAGGGGUGCUGUAGAUGGACGUGUAAGUGGUGCCACCACAGCAGAAGCAGAAAAGACUUCAGACCAAAACCUGGCCAUUGAAGAGAGUGGUGUGGGAGUAUUUCCUCCACAGGACCCCAUUCAGCAGAGAAGGCCUCCUUGGAUUUACAAUGAGAGUUUGGUUCCAGAUGCCUAUAAGAAAAUUUUAGAAACCACAAUGACUCCAACUGGAAUAGAUACUGCUAAACUCUAUCCCAUUCUGAUGUCAUCUGGACUUCCCAGGGAAACUCUUGGACAGAUAUGGGCCUUAGCUAAUCGAACGACACCUGGCAAACUUACUAAAGAAGAACUUUACACUGUUCUGGCUAUGAUAGCAGUAACACAGAGAGGAGUUCCCACCAUGAGUCCAGACACUAUAAGCCAGUUUCCUUCGGCUCCUAUUCCAACUUUAAGUGGCUUUCCUAUGACUCUUACGGCCCCAGUGAGCCAGCCCACAACAGUGAUGCCUUCGGGCCCUGCAGCCUCCAUCCCUCUCAACCUGGGACAGCCAGUCAUGGGCAUUAACCUUGUUGGACCAAUGGGUGGAGCUGCAGCCCAGCCUUCCGGUGGCUUCUUGCCAGCUUACCCAGCAAAUCAGAUGGUCAAGCCCGAAGAAGACGACUUCCAAGAUUUUCAAGAUGCUUCCAAGCCAGGGUCUCUUGAUGACUCCUUCCGUGAUUUCCAAGAGUUGUCUGCUUCUUCCCAAGCAAGCCGUCCCCAGCCGGGAAACAGUGCCCCUUCUUUGUUGAUACCACUUACGGGAACUAAAACGUCGUCCUCAAUGGAUAAAUAUGCUGUAUUUAAAGGAAUUGCAGCUGACAAGGCCUCUGAAAAUACUGUUGCAUUUGGAGAGCCUGGUGACAAGUACAGUGCUUUCAGAGAACUUGAACAAACCACAGACAGUACAUCUUUAGGUCUGGGACUGGACUCAGUUUUUCACCAAACAACAGACAAAGUCUCCAGGAGGAACAGUUGUACUCAGGAGGUGCGCACUCCUGGAAGCAGCCACCCAGGAGAAAGCUUUGCAGAAUUCAGAUGCACGGGAACUGAUGAUGGAUUCACCGACUUUAAAACAGCAGAGAGCAUAUCACCCUUAGAACCUCCAGCAAAAGAAAAGACUUUUCCUACAUCCUUUCCUUCGGGAACUGUGCAGACACAGAAACCACAAACACAUGUGAAAAAUCCUCUGAAUUUAGCAGACCUAGAUAUGUUUUCCUCGGUUAGUUGCAGCAACGAGAAACCAGUAUCUGUUUCAGCUGCAUUUAGUGCAUCAAAGUCUGUCUCCACGCGAGCACAGCCAACAGACUCUGCUGCAACUGCAGCAGCGUUGGCGUUGACUAAAACUUCUAGUUUGGCUGACGAGUUUGGAGAAUUCAACCUUUUUGGGGGCUAUUCUAGUCCAGCACCUGUUGGGGAGCAGGAUGACUUUGCGGAUUUUAUGGCUUUCAGUAAUAGCUCCAUUUCAGCUGAGCAAAAGGCAGGUGACAAAUUUGAUGCCCUGAAAGAGGAAGCUGGUCCUGGUCCUCUCACCAGCAACUCGGGCAGCACAGGAAAGAGUGGACAGAACCCAAGUGUUGCGCCUACCAAGUACGAUGUCUUCAAACAGCUGUCUCUGGAAGGCUCUGGACUAGGUGUGGAAGAACUCAAAGAGAGCACUCCUUCAGGAAAAAGUGACGAUGACUUUGCUGACUUCCAUUCCAACAAAUUUUCUUCCAUGAACUCAGACAAAUCCCUUGGAGAAAAAGCCGUGGCCUUCAGACACACCAAGGAAGACUCUGCUUCUGUGAAGUCCUUGGAUCUCCCUUCCAUUGGUGGCAGCAGUGUUGGCAAGGAGGACUCUGAAGAUGCACUCUCUGUUCAGUUUGACAUGAAAUUGGCUGAUGUGGGAGGCGAUCUUAAGCAUGUCAUGUCUGAUAGCUCUUUGGACUUGCCAACAGUUAGUGGCCAGCAUCCGCCUGCUGCAGAUAUAGAGGACUUAAAAUAUGCUGCUUUUGGGACCUACAGUAGCAAUUUUGCAGUGAGCGCGCUUUCAAGCUUUGACUGGUCAGACAGGGAUGAUGCGUCCCAGGGCAGAAAGCUCUCUCCAUUUGUCCUCUCAGCAGGAAGCGGGUCCUCCCCAGCUGCCUCGGUGCUUCCAAAGAAAGAGACUUCGUUUGGCAGUUCUGAAAGCAUCACCAUGACAUCGCUCUCCAAAGUAACCACCUUUCCCAGUGAGGACGCCCUUCCAGAGGCGACCUUCCCAGCGUUCGCCAAUUUCAAAGAUGGAAUUCCUCAGGCCAGCGAGCAAAAGGACUAUGACAGCAGGCACUAUAAAGAAUUCACAAGCCAAGACCCCCCUUCAGCCGACCGGAGCCAAGAGGGCACAUGUUCCAGCCCAGCUUCAAGUGGUGCAUCCCAUGAAACCCCACAGGAAUGCCCCGAUGACUUUGGAGAGUUUCAGAGUGAAAAGCCCAAGAUCAGCAAGUUUGACUUUUUACUGGCCAAUUCACAGAGUAAAAUGAAAUCCAGCGAAGAAAUGAUCAAAAGUGAGCUGGCCACGUUUGACCUGUCUGUUCAAGGAUCUCACAGGAGGAGUUUGAGCCUGGGAGAUAAAGAAAUGAGCCGUUCCUCUCCUGCCCCAGCUUUGGAGCAGCCUUUCCGAGACCGCUCAAGCACCCUGAGUGAGAAGCCUGCUCUGCCUGUCAUCCGGGACAAGUACAAAGAUCUGACAGGAGAAGUGGAGGAGAAUGAGAGAUACGCGUAUGAAUGGCAGCGCUGCCUGGGGAGUGCUCUGGAUGCUAUAAAGAAGGCAAAUGAUACCUUGAAUGGAAUUAGUAGCAGUACUGUUUGCACAGAAGUCAUCCAGUCAGCUCGGGGCAUGGAAUAUUUAUUAGGUGUCGUCGAGGUGUACAGGGUAACCAAACGUGUGGAGCUGGGGAUCAAGGCCACCGCAGUGUGCAGUGAGAAACUCCAGCAGCUGCUGAAGGACAUUGAUAAAGUGUGGAAUAACCUAAUCAGCUUCAUGUCACUUGCCACUCUCACGCCAGAUGAAAAUUCGCUGGAUUUUUCCUCUUGCAUGCUGCGUCCUGGGAUCAAAAACGCUCAGGAACUGGCCUGUGGGGUGUGCCUGCUGAACGUGGACUCCAGGAGCCGGAAAGAAGAGAAGCCUGCAGAGGAACAUCCUAAAAAAGCAUUCAACUCAGAAACAGACAAUUUCAAGCUGGCAUAUGGAGGGCACCAAUAUCAUGCCAGCUGUGCCAACUUCUGGAUCAACUGCGUUGAACCCAAACCUCCUGGUCUUAUCCUUCCUGAUUUGCUCUGAAAAGCUCCCCUCUGAAGCACCAACCAGUUUUUGUUUUGUUUUGUGUUUCCAUCACACCCCAGGGCAUGACAAGGACCAAAUUAAUAGAAUUCAAGUACUGAUUCCGAAGCCCAUUUCUAUGAAGAAUUCCCCAAAGGCAGGGCGGCGGGGGAUCUGUGUGUCAUUCCUGCAGGCAAACUUGGCCCCCUAGUUUCCACUGCCAGCCUUUGGGAUUUGAGGGAGAUAAAAGCACCCUUCCCAAGAUGCAUGUGGCACCAGAAACUUGUUGACUGUCGUAUCAGUAGUUCUUAUAGGAUAUUUUAGAACAUGGACCACUGUGUCUUUUAUCUAAGGAACAAUUGCUGCUGCAGUAUUGAAACUGUGAAGAAUUGACAUUUGAAGAAAACUAAAUUAUUGUCGAACUGGAACUGGCAAAACUGCUUCAAAGCCAGUGCUUAUUUAUAACUAGGACACUUCUUCUCCUGUGAAGUAGGAUGCAUUCCUCUUUACUUAGUUUGUUACUGUAUGAAAUGAAUAAAAAGGGGGAAAUGUGAUGAAACACGUGGUCCUAUCUUUUUGUAGGAAAUGUCCACUUCUCGCCAUUGGACCAUGGCUGGUGGGUGUAGGCAGAUUUCUCAACUUCACUGUCUCAGCCGAACCAAUUACAUCUUUCCCCUUCACUUCUAAAACUGUCAAGGCUCAAGGAAAUAUCUUCCCUCAACAUCCACAGUAGCUUUGCAGGAGAAAAGGAAGUUCCUUUUACAGAGCACCCCAGCCCUGGCGUCUCAGGUUGGCAGGCCUUUUCCUUUAGGCGCCCUGACUCAAAACCAGCCGCCUGCUUGACCUCCCACAGACCACAGACAGGGAACAGGGAGGGCUUUCAGAUAAGGUGUGGAAAGACAACGGGCUGAAAUACCUUUUCAGGGGUUUCUCUCCAAAUCUCCACAGAGAACCGUAGAAAGACCAACACUGCCUGUCUGUGCAGUCUCUCUGAGAAGAGCUGGAAAUCCAUUCAGGGUUAGAAGAUGGAGUUCCCGGCCCUGUGAGGAGAAUGGUAAGAUGUCCGUUGACAGUAGAGGUGCGUGAUUUAGAAGCAGUGGGGGGGGGGGGGUUCUCAGAAAUGGCCCUGACUUUCAGGUGAGGUGUAGGGAAGGGUCUUGCCAUCAAAAUUGAGUGCUUUAACGUCAGUGGACACAAGCGGGAAGAAAAGGUCCCAGAGUUGGCUCUUGUGCACAACCCUUCUUGAUCUGGCUGAACUGUUAUAUAUGUGUUAAUUCUAGAGUAAUCAUUUUUAUAAUUGAUUUAAACAAUGCAUAAAAUCAGGAGGGUGUGGGCAUAAUGUGAACAGACUGAGGACAGAGUUGGAAGGACAUCCCAAUGUUAGAAAACUAUUUCUCCAAAUGUCAAGUAUGUGCUCUGUGAAGAGAUCCUGAAUCUUACGUGUUUGCUUUGGGAGACUUUGGGCUGUCGGCCUUAGACAUGGUUUCAGUUGUGAGCCGGACGACAAGGUGGUUCUGCCCACAUACCUGUUGCUUGAACAUCAUUAGUUUCCUCUCAGGACCGGACUUGAGGGACUACUGCCUUGGCCCCUCUUAGACUUCUUGCAUCCCUCUUCUCCAGGAAAGGUGCGCACAGUUCAUUAAGCCAUUCUUGAUGAGGCUCCUCCUUUACCUGUCAGGUGCCGAGAUGCAGAGAUGCACCAGGAAGUGCUGAUGGCAUAAAUCGCUUUCUUUCGUACUUGCUGUAGAUCACUGAGACAGCGGUCUCUGAAUGGCCACUGUGCAGGCUCGGCCCUCCCCUCCUCCACAGGCAGCGUGGGGUGUGGACAACCCGGGAGGCUGGUUUCCAGCAGGCUCUCGCUGGCACCUCGGAGAUAUGCUCCAUGCCUACCGGCCCCAGGGUUUCUCAUGACACCGGACAGACUCCAAGCAGGUUUCUGAUCAGCUUCACAUCCCACAAUGGAGUCAUGAUAGCACGAUCUGCCCCUUUCCUGUCUCCCUGACAUGUUGAGGGGGGUUUGUUUUGUUUUGCAAAUGCUUUAUGAAUUGUUCUUCAGUGACAGUGGCCUGUACCAAUGACAUUUUAAAUUACGUGCUCACCUGUUGACCAUGUUGGUUCACAUUCCUGCGUCAAUUCCAGAAUGCCUCAAAUAAAAUGUCUGCUGACCUGUG